UGCAUCACUCAGUUACAGCGCAUAGUGGACUAAAGAUCAAGUGUGUGUGUGUGUGUGUGUGUGUAUAUGUAGUCGAGAAGUUACCAGGAUAACUCGCCACUACAAUAGGCUACUCUUUGCACUAAAGUGGACUUGGAUUUUAUGUACAACAUGACAUUUGAGGAACUAAGUGGGGAUUAUUCUCAAGAAAGAAUGGAUUCAGUAGCGAAAGCUUUGGAAGAAGUCCUCACCUCUGCGUUACCGCAGGGCUGCAUUACAGUCGGAGUCUACGAGGCUGCCAAAUCACUUAAUGUAGACCCUGAUAAUGUGGUUUUGUGUAUCCUGGCCACGGAUGAUGAAGAUGUGAAAGAUGUGGCCCUGCAGAUCCACUUUACCCUCAUUCAGGCUUUCUGCUGCGAGAAUGACAUCAGCAUCCUGAGAGUCAACAACACCCAGCGCCUGGCAGAAAUACUGGGUGGAGGGGCAAGUGGAAAACAGAGUGGGGGUGAACCUAUGGACCUACACUGUGUCCUGGUCACAAGCCCACAUUCUUCAUCGUGGAAGGACCCUGCUUUGAGCAAAGUUAACCGAUUCUGCAGAGAGAGCCGCUGUAUGGACCAGUGGGUACCCAUCAUCAACCUGCCUGAGCGAUGAACUUUAGCUGCAAAAACUUUGACUCUUAUCUGCACAGGAAAAGUGGUGUGAACCCUGAUGGACACAUUACCACCAGAUCAAAUUCCAGAGCUCUGCUGACGGGGGGUGGGAGAAAAAUUUGAAGGAGAAAAAAAAAGAGGCCCCACUGUCUACAUGGGGUGUAUUAAAAAGAGAAAAAAAGAGGAAUGGAUUUCCACUUUGGAUAGGACUGUUUGGAGUUGCAUCUGUCAGCCUUGGGAACCAAGAUGAGAUGGCGAGGCACUUGUAUCGUCAUGAGGUGGAAAUUCCAACAAAAAAGAAGCAUGUGUGUGCUUUUUAAUGUGAAGCCGGAGACUGUACAGAAGGAUUGUAUCAUGUAUGUUUGGUAAAGCUUCUGUGACGAGUCAGAAAAGUGGGGAGAAACCAGAAAAUGGAGCUGUUGAGUGGACCAAGGCCUCGGCCUCUCUCUGCAGAAACAAAGCACUUGUUGAAACACUGGACCUUUUUGCAAUUUCACUUAUUUGAUUUAAAUUGUUAAUGUUGAUGUUGCUAUUGUCAUAAUUUAAAAAGGGAAGGGCUACACAUCCAGUGAAGACAUUCUGUGUAUUUAGUGUUUCCUAUGCCAGCUGGGGUUUUUUGCCACAAAUGUAAAAUUAUUCAUUUGUUACAAUUUAAGUUAUUUCUAAUGAUAUUUAAGUGUAUUUAUGUUUCCUUUUUUUUACCAUAACUAUUUGCAAAUUCUGAAUACGUAUGUAUUGCUGUCAAUAAAAAAUUUUUUUUUGGAGCCAGA